AUGAAAUGUCAUGAGUCAUUGCUUUAUAUUGCUGCUGGUUCCUCUGUUGUAUCAAUCGAUUUGAGGACAAUGCAAAAGGCCAACACUAUUGCGGUCUCACUGCCAAAAAUCAACUCAUUUGCGAUGGUGCCAUCAUCAUCCUUGUUCUGUACUGGUGGAGACGGCAAAGCAAUGCUUUGGGAUACGAGAAGAAGCUCCUCCAAAGCAGUAGCCGAGAUGGUUGGACACAAAGGUCGUAUCAGACAACUACAUAUGGACCAGUACAAGAUCGUUACAGGAGGUCCUGAAGAUGUGAACGUGAAUGUAUGGGAGACCGAUACUGGCGUGAAAGCUAAUUCCUUGGAGUGUUGCGACCAAGCUCGUCUCUUUAACAUAAAUUUUUCAGCCAUGGCUGUACAAGGUCUGAAAUUGGUUACAUGUGGAGAUUCAGAGAACAUUUUUUUCAGAGAUUUCUAUACGGCGACAUUGCCUAUUUCGACAAGAGUAGUUCAAAGUUUUGGACAAGUCAGGAUGAUAGCGACAGUGAUGAUUCAGAUUCUGGAGAAGUGGAUUGAGAUGGAGACAGUACCUCUCAUAGCUUUCAUUGGAGGGAAAACCAGGUUUGAUCUGAUAAAAGACGAAUCCUUGUGUUAUGUUUAA